CAGAAAUUGUCGCAAAUUCAUCCGCCGGAAAUGCACGCUGCACAUCAAGCACCAGUGGACAUCCGCUAUUAGAUUACAGUGGUCUAAAAUUACAAGGUUGUGAAGAUUCAUAUAUAGACGUCAAUUUCGAAACGAGAAAUACAAUAAAUGAUUUUUCACUCAUGAUUUUAGUUUCACCAGAAGGCUUCAACGGGACAAUUCUUCAUUACCAGAAACAUAUUCAAACAGGCAGCAGCACGGAAAUAAUUAAUAUCAUACUUUACUACGAGAAUAUGACAACAUUUUUAUACAUAACUGGCGAAUCUUCUGAAGAUAUUUUACAUACAGCUUCAUUAGUUUCGAAUUUUCAAGAUGGCCACUUCCUGCCAAUCCUUGUUGUUUACGACUCAACAAGUUUCGAGGAAAUGAAGGUAAUGUACUUCUACGUAGGGACUGAAUCAACCAAAAUAAAAAUGUACGUGGAAGAUAAAGUUUUAGGAUUACCAGGAAAAGUACGAAUAGGUGGUGCAUUUUAUCCUGGUUACAGUUGUUACCUAGGAAAGGUCACGUGUUUUCAGUUCUACGAUGCAAAAAUAUCGUCUGCAGAUUAUGAUAUAGCUGUAAGCAGAUGCAUGCCAACAUUGUGGCCGUCUUACAUGGGAGUCAAAACAGUUGAACAAUGUCAUUCUGGAAGAGGCUAUUUUCGUCUUACAUCGAGUGGAGAGAUGCCACAACACAAUGUCAUUCCUGUAGCAAGCUUUCAUAUCUCUACAAAAGUCAAAUGUGCCCACUCGUGUAUGUUACCUAGCAACGCAUGUAGCUCUUUUGCGUUUAAUAAAUUGCAGAAAAUGUGUUACUUAUUCGACUUGGACUACACAGAUAGCCUUGUAACUGAAACAAUGGUAGAUUACUACGUCACAAAUGACGUCGGCUGUUGUUGCUGACGUCAUUUUUACUUAAAAACGUAUGUACAACUUGAAUGCCUCUUGGAGAAGGACUACAUGUGCAACUUUGGCGACAUCCAAGAAGUUUCAAAUGGAAGCAUGAAAAACAGCGUCUGUACAUUGUUCCUUUAAUAAAAAUUCUACAUUAGACUUAAAAAAUUUGAAAAGGAACAAUAAGGAAAGUCAUAUAAAAUUGCAGAUGGUUAUAUAUAAAACAAAAAAAGUGCUGUUUUUUUAACAUACUACAUGUAUAUACUUUGACAUGAUAUAUUAACAUAAUGUCAUAAGCUGUUAAUCCAAGUAAAUCACUAUAGAAACCAUCCCUAACAGUCCCUGUCCAAAAAAAAGAUACACAAAAUAUCUGAUAAAAAGAAAACAAGUUGAAAUAUCUGCGAAAAAACUUUAAAAGGAAAAUAUAAAAUAUAAAAUUUGCAAAAU